AACCUCAAAGAAUAUUCUCAAACACGUGUUCUUGAAAGUUGUUCAAUCAAAACACAAUAUUCAAUCAUUGUUCAAAUAUGGAAUCUUCCGACAAGCAAAACUCAUCCAAUCAAGAUCUUUCUGAAAAGCAGAAACUAAUCGACGAAGUUACGGAAAAAUUGCAACAGCUACAGGACGAGUACGAACUGGAUCUGAAACGAUACUACUCACUGAAGGCCGACGAAAUCGUACUGAACCUUCAGUACGAAAGUUGGAAGGAGCUGUAUCUCAAGCAGGAAGCGGAAAUGAAAGCCAAACAGGAAGCAACGCGUGCCGUGCGGACAAAGUUUUGGGAUGAUCGUGAAGCAUUCUGCGCAAUUUCGUCCGGCUUUGCCAGUGAAUUCGCAAUGGAAGCCACUUUGGCGAAGAUGAGCCGUGCCGAAAGCCAAGAAGACGAGCAUCCGGCAAUGGCUCCGGCUAGCGUCAUGAGCCCUCUCACAGUACGGCAAGUGGAUCUGGAACGGGAAGGCAACGAACUUAAACUGAAGGAAACCGAACUGGACGAGAUGGACGUAGAGUUGGCUCCAGAAGAGGAGAUGAUUCUUCGACUGCAGACUGCCGUCCAUAAUUCGGCCAGCUGUGCCGAUGAACUCGAGCAGCAAAUCAAGGAUCUGGAGGAAAAGUACGAACUCGACGAGAGUGUGCGAUCUAUUCUGAAGAGACCAUCGUUUGUGAAAAAUGAAAACGACAAAAAGCAAGUUCAUUUUGGGUAGAAACGUUCAACAGAUAUGUUGCAAAUUGCAUAAAGGUUUGAAUAAACUCAAAUGAAUAAAACUGAAAUU